AUGAUUUCCGAACGAACCGAGAGAGAGUCGAGGCUUGUCGUAGAUAAGUUUUAUGAUCCAGUUAUUUGCAAGUACGUAUCAUCUGCUGCUUUAUCCGCCGUCUCUGCGGCCGCCAAAAGCCUACCUACCCUCCAUCGGAUAUUGAGUAGGUUGACCCGGGAAGAGAUCCGGACGAACCUUCCAACAAGUAGAAUAGAAGUUGACCACAAAGCUAUCUCUGUUGGAGACUCCUACCCAGAGGCCAUCUCGGGCAUGGGAAGAAAAGUCGACAGACAACCGACUGAACUAGGCAAUGCGGUUUAG